ACCAAUCACGAAACGUUUAAGUGGAUCAAUACAAAUGCUUCCAAGAUGGCAGCCCCGUAAGUGCGUCGUUUACGUUGCAUUUCGUGGCGCUCCGCUGCCAUGAUGAUUUGGAUGACGUGAACGGGCGUGAAUUCCAUACGGUUUGAUUUCAAUAAUCAAUGCUCCAGUCGGGUAUUUCUUCGGCAGGUGAGAUACACCAAAAUUCACUGUUUUGUGGAGGGUUUUUGGCGAUGUCCCUCUCCCUUGUUCCUGUGACCAAAUCAGCGUGAUGUGUCACAUUUGCUGUUUGUCUCGUCAUGCUAGAGAACUUAGACUCAAGUCUAAUGGAAACAUCUAGCCCUGAAUGCAAAACAAGUAAUACCCAGAAGAGAGCAUCUAGCAAGUCGGAGCACGCUGCCAGGCGGAAGAGUUCUGUGAGCAAGCUGUUCCCUGCCCGACUGGGCGAUGUGAGACGCGAGGAGAUGCUGAGCGACAGUCGGCCGUCAGGCGACUCGACGGCGCGGCCGUUCCCAUCCGACGGACGCCACGCCAUGGGACCGCACGGUGACGGCCGGCCGCCGCAGGCCGCCCCGCAGGAGUCGGCCGUGAACGGCGGCUUCCAGCAGGCGGUGCUGAGCGACCUGCGCCGCUUCAGCGCCGAGAGCGAGCAGGAGCUGCGCCAGGACGCGCGCGUCAAACAGGAGCCGGCCGAGGCGCCGCCGCCGCCGCCGGCCGCUGGCCAGAGAGAGUGCCAUGUGAAGACGGCGCACCCGCACAAGCCGCCCACCAGCCACCGCAGGGAGUCGGUCUCUGAGUCUGCGGCGCAGCCGGCCGCCGCCACCCCCGAGCGGCCCGCCGCCACGCCGGAGCGACCGGCCGCCACCCCCGACCGGCCCUCCGUCGGCUACCACCCCAAGCAGGAGAUGAAACCCGUCGACCUGUUCGGAGCAUGUGAUGCACCAAAGCCUGAACACAAACACCCAGUGCACGUCAACGGUACCUCAUCCUCCUCCUCCGACCGGCACCGGGACAGCCAGCGGAAGAAGGACCACCGCCGCGACCGCGACAAGGGCUGCCGCCGGUGUCACGACCGGAGCCGGCUGAAGCGCUACAGUAUCGGUGUGCAGUGUCGGCGUGAUAAGGACCGGCUGUCGGGCGGCGUGUCGCGGCCGCUGGCCUCCAAUUACACCACACACGGCCUGGAGAAGUACAAGUACGGCCGCUAUAUGCACGUGGAGGUGGACCCGAACGGCGGAGCCUCCGUGGUGCACAUGUACCAGGACCAGAUCGCGGGGUUAGAUAAGGAGCAGACGCAGCAGCUGGUCAACGAGUACUUCCAGGAGGUGUUUGCCGAGGACCGGCACGGCUGGGCGCGCCACGUGAUGGGCAUUGUGCACGACGCCGCCCACUACCUGCCCGACCUGCUCGACCACAUGGGCGAGACUCACCCCAACAUCACCGUCAAGAACGGCAUCAUCGGCAGCAGCAACAAGGCGGACAUCGAGACGCAGACCAUGGCAUCCUAUGUCGAACAGGUGCACAAGCACUAUGCGCGCGGCACCUACCGGUACGGCCCGCUGGACCACAUCAGUCUGGUGGGCACUGUGCACGAGGAGUGCGGCGGCUACUAUCCGGAGGUGCUGGAGCUGUUCGAGCGCAACCCGUUCCUGCACGCCGUGAUGCCCUGGGGCCCGAUGUCGGCGCUGCAGAACAUGGACCCGCGCCUCUCCAACGACGGUCCCAUCCUGUGGGUGCGGCCCGGCGAGCAGCUCAUACCCACCAUCGAGCUCGGAAAGAGCCCCUUCAAGCGGAAACGCAACGCGGGCAUCAACGAGCUGCGUAAUCUGCAGUACCUGCCGCGCAUCUCUGAGGCGCGCGAGAUCCUGUUCGAGGACCGGACCCGGGCUCACGCGGACCACGUGGGUCACGGGCUGGACCGGCUCACCACGGCAGCCGUCGGUAUUCUGAAGGCGGUCCACUGCGGCGAAAAGUACAAGCACAACCGCGUCACCAAGGACGUGGUGGCGUUCCAGGCGUCGGACUUCAACACGAUCGUGGAGAAGUUACAACUGGACCUGCACGAGCCACCCAUGUCCCAGACCAUCUACUGGGUGGAGGACGCCAAGCUGAACCAGAUGCGCAGAGACGGCGUGCGCUACUCGCGUAUCCGGCUCACGGAUAACGACAUCUACUUCCUGCCGAGGAACAUCAUCCACCAGUUCCGCACCGUCACCGCCGUCUGCAGCGUCGCGUGGCACGUUCGAUUGAAGCAGUACUACCCUCCCGAGGACCCGGAGAAGGAAAAGGAGAAGGCGGAGGCGCAGCCGGCGCCGACGCCAUCCACGCCGGCCACCCCGCACAAGAAGAAGAAGAAGCACAAGGAGAAGGACAAGGACUGGGACCCGGGCCGCGCGCACGUGUCGAUGAAGCCGCGCCAGCCGGCGAACGGCGAGCGCCACCGCGCCUCGCGGACCGACAGCCCGGCCAAACCGUCCAGUCACAGCUCCUCCAAACACUCCGCCGACAAGAGCGAGAAGCCGCGCAGCCACUCGUCCGACUCCAAAGGCGACAGGAACGAGAAGAGCGAAAAGAGCAAGUCGCACAGCUCGGGGACGGCAGAAAAGUCGAAAACGUCGGACAAAACGGAGUCGAAGUCGAAGAGCCAUUCUUCGAGCACACCGAUGAAGUCCAAGUCACACUCUGGCCACUCUGAAAAGAGCUCGACUGCCAGUCCGGCUCACAAGACCAAAUCACACUCAUCGGAGUCGUCAGAGAAAAACAAAUCUUCUUCUGAUCAUGGCCACAAGUCAAAGCACGCUUCUUCUGAAGUGGAAAAAUCCAAGGGCCACUCUGGUGACUCAAAAACGGCGUCGACUUCCUCCGAGCAUAUGGAAAAGGUGACUGCACAUAUCCAUACGCCGAAGAAGGCGCCAUCUGCCGAUUCAACUGAGAAGGCAAAAACGCCCUCUACUCCGGAUUCCACUAAAAAAGCUUCAAAUGAUGACGAGGGCACCAAAGUUCCCAAGAAAGAGCCAUCAGACGCGCCGAAGGCUGUCGCUACGGAGGCACCGGAGACGACGGCAACUCCGGCUGAUUCGGUCAAGAAAGAGCCUGCUGACCCUGAGGAGGAAACGAAACCCAGCUCGGGUAGUUCAUCUACCUCGGCGCAGUCACAAGAAACCGUCACUGCUGACAGUGCAUCUAUCGCCCCGCCGGAGUCCAGCACUGCCAAUGUUCCUGAGGCGACUCGUGGCGAGGUUGCGGUGCCUACGUCUGAACCACGUCGGCAGCGGAGUAUUUCGACGAGCUCCGACAGCUCCACCAGUUCCUCCAGCUCCUCAUCCUCGUCUUCAUCGAGCUCAGACUCUUCUCCGUCCUCCCCGGCGGCUGGUGACGAGUCUGCCGGUGCCCCGGACCGACCGGUGUCUCCCCCGGCCAGUCCGAUGCCGGUGUCACAGCCGACCGAGAGUGCCACGUCACAGGAGACCGUGUCGUCCGCGGCAGCUGCCGAGCGGCCGCCCCCGCUGCCGACGAACGACCCGCUCAGUCCCGGGUCUCCGGUGAGUGGUCCAAGUCGGACACAGUCGCAAUCGGACUCUGUGGGACAGGCGAGAGUGGACGGCGGUAGUCCUGUCCCGGCGUCUCCAGCGACGUCCGUCGACAGUCCUGUCAAGCGACCCUCAGACAGCGGCAGCCCGGCAUCAAAACAUCGGGCAGACGGCAGCCCCGCUUCUCAACACCGAAACGAUAGUGGCAGCCCUUCCACGAAGCAUCGGGUGAAUAGCGGUAGCCCCGUCUCAAAGGACCGUGCAGACAGCAGUAGCCCGUCUUCGAAACACCGAGGUGACAGUGGCAGCCCUACAUCCAAGCACAAAACCGACACAGACAGUCCGGCUGCCAAGCAUCGCCGGUCUGACUCGCACGGCCACUCCUCGAAGCACUCGCGCUCGGACGGCGGCUCACACCGUCCCCGGCCGGAGUCUUCGAGUAGCGGUCACAGCAGCGGUCACAAGAGUCGUCCACCGGCUACCGGGCUCGCCAGCCCGGCGCACAAGCGGCGGCCGGCAGACGGCGACUCGACGCCGGCCAAGCGGGCUCGUAUGGAGGGCGGCGCAUCGGCGUCAACCCCGCCGCGACCUCCUGCCGACGUGCUCGGCAACAUUCUGUCCGGCAUGGACUCGCUGAAGAAGUGAGAGACUACAGCGCGUCACGGGGCGGCGCCGAAUCGCGGCGGCGCGCGCCGCGAGCUGUUGGGACCUGACGCUGUGUACAAACGGGAGAGAGACUGGCUGACCGGCGCUCCGUAGGGGCGACGUGAUGCGGCGCACUGCCUGUCGCAUCCGAGCCCAGUGGCCUUCGCAAUUAGUCAUGGCUCAACAUGCUUGGAGGGUGCGAGAAAUGAACGAAUGAUGUGGUUUUCUGCAUGUUGUAUUUAUGUAGGCACCCCUGUAAUGUUAAGAGCGCUGUCAGACGCAGCACGCACUUCAUCGCGGCCUGCCCGCCGCCGUCAUCGGCGCGGCCUUGUUGACUUCAUCCCUGCAUUAUAUUGAAUUAUUAUUUCUGACCCUAUCGGUUACGUGAAACGUUUUUGUUUCGUUGGGUGGCGAGUCGGUCGGUCGGAUCUCUGGUUUCGUCACAGCGAGACGCGGGGGAGAGAUGGAGCCGUUUUGUGUCGCUGAGCGGUGCGCGCCGGUGGCGUAUGUUGGAAUACAUCAUCUAUUUAGUCCCAGG